UUGGCACUGGCACCUUAUUUAGGGAAGUAGCCCUCUGUCAGUGCAGCUCCAUGCGGAGGAGUCCGGUUAUUGAUCAUAUGCACACUAUUCUUCAGCCUGUGCCCAGCUCUUGGAUAUUUAGAGUGUUACUGAUUUUUUUUCUUAAAUAACCGAUGUGGAGGUAAUACCCCACUUUGUAUAAAGUCGCCCCGGUAUUAAGGCAAAGGGGAACGAAGCUCGGCUGUGGUUUCGGUUCAAAUACCUGUUCAGCCACCCUUCAUAGUUGUGUGACCUGGGGUGAGUGAGUGACGCCCCCCUUAAUCCUCUUGACCCAUCUGUAAAAUGCUGUAGUAAUCCCUCCGCCUCAUUGCUGCUGGGAGGAGUACAGUAGAAAACUGAGGACUUCUUUGGGCUUAGUUCCCCAAUACCCUUAAGCAGGGAGCCCUCCCUGGAGGAGACCAAGCUCUCCUGGCCACGCGCCGAAAGCUACCAGAGGGACGGACAACCGCAGCUCAGGCUUCAAACUGUUCCCCGCCCCUUUCCCGGGCCACGCUGGGGGCGGGGCGGUUAAAUGUCUCUGUGGCGUCAGCGCACGCAGGACCAAUCCCCCUGCCCCGCAGGCGUUAGCUCGUUUGCAUGGGCUACCCGCUAUUGGUCCGUUGGGCAACCAGGCCGUCCCAGCUUUUUAAAGCUGCCGCGUAGUAUAAACAAGGAGAUGCUGGGCGGCCAGGCCAUGAUGUCAUCGCGGCGCGGUAGCUCUUGGGGCUGACGUCAUCUCCGGGGAGGUUGCCGACCCAAGGCUGUUAGAGCCUUCCUAACCCAGUUGAGCUGGCUUAAGAGGCCGCUCCUGGCCCGUCGAAGGUCAGUCCCAUUGCACUUCAGUGUCCCAGGCGGCGCCCCGUUCCCGAAGAGAACACCAUGACACAGGUUGUGAGCCCUGGCCCAGCCCCUCCACCCCUCUGCCACCCCUGAUGCGACCAUGGGCUCUGGCAGUGACUAGGUGGCCACCCUCUGCCCCUGUGGGUCAGCGGCGGUUCUCUGUAGGACCCGGAACUACCCCGGGCCAGCUCCGGGGAAGUCCUGCUGGGGCCUCCUCUCUGUGGUGCAGCCCCGGCCGCGAGGGCCCCCUGGCCAGCCUGCCUGCCCAGGAUGAGCGCUUACCCUCCCAGCAGCCACCAUCCCGACCACCACACCUCCCUGUAGAGGAGCACCGAGCCUCGGCUCCUGCCGGCAGGAGCCCCCGAAUGCUGCACCCAGCCUCCCAACAGAGCCCGUUCAUGGUUGAUCUCCACGAGCAGGUGCACCAGGGACCUGUCCCUUUGUCCUACACAGUCACCACAGUGACGACUCAAGGCUUCCCCUUGCCUACAAGCCAACACAUCCCUGGCUGCAGUGCCCAGCAGCUCCCAGCAUGCUCCGUGAUGUUCAGCGGGCAGCACUACCCCCUCUGCUGCCUCCCACCCCCGCUGAUCCAGGCGUGUACCAUGCAGCAGCUCCCUGUGCCCUAUCAGGCCUACCCCCACCUCAUCUCCAGUGACCACUACAUCCUGCACCCCCCACCGCCAGCCCCACACCCCCAGCCUGCCCACAUGGCACCUCUUGGGCAGUUUGUAUCGCUGCAGGCCCAGCACCCGCGUAUGCCCCUGCAGCGGCUUGACAACGAUGUGGACCUGCGGGGGGACCAGCACCCCCUGGGGAGCUUCACCUACUCCACCUCUGCCCCCGGCCCAGCCCUGUCCCCAUCUGUGCCCCUGCACUACCUGCCCCAUGAUCCACUGCACCAGGAGCUGUCCUUCGGUGUGCCAUAUUCCCACAUGAUGCCACGGAGACUGAGCACCCAGAGAUACCGCCUGCAACAGCCGCUGCCCCCACCACCCCCACCGCCACCCCCGCCACCGUAUUACCCCAGCUUCCUGCCCUACUUCCUCUCGAUGCUGCCAAUGUCACCAACAGCAGUGGGGCCUACCAUCAGCCUGGAUCUCGAUGUGGAUGACGUGGAGAUGGAGAACUAUGAGGCCCUCCUGAACUUGGCAGAGCGGCUGGGAGAUGCCAAGCCCCGAGGCCUCACCAAAGCGGACAUUGAGCAGCUCCCGUCGUACCGCUUUAAUCCAGACAGCCAUCAGUCAGAGCAGACACUGUGUGUUGUCUGCUUCAGUGACUUCGAGGCGCGGCAGCUGCUCCGGGUCCUCCCCUGCAACCACGAGUUCCACACCAAGUGUGUCGACAAGUGGUUAAAGGCCAACCGGACGUGUCCCAUUUGCCGGGCCGACGCCUCCGAGGUGCCCAGGGAGGCUGAAUGAGGCCCACAGCCGCCCAGGAUAACCCUGCCCGAAGCUCUGGAAGCUCGGGUUGGGGGGACCUGGGGAGGACGGGGAGGGAGUGGCCCAGGCCUGCCCCGUCAUUCCCGCCUGCAUCUCCAGAGCUGGUGCCAGGAUCAGCCCCGAGAGAAGCCCCUGCAAUAAGCCCCUGCAUUUGCCAAGCUCCAAAGACUCCUGCCCCGAUCUGCCUGCCAGUUCACCCACCACGGAGCUGCCUGAGUGUCCCUAACUCAGUCUCUCUCCUGUUUGCCCUCGAGUCCGUCUCCUUUUCCUGCCAGCCCUGAGAGCCAGGGGUCCAUCCCCCAGAGCGCAGCUGGGGGAGAUCCUCAGCCCCAGGAUGGGCAAAGGGGUCUCCAUCCUGGUCUCUUGCACUGAAAUGGUAUGCCGUCUGAUUAGGUGGCACUGACAGGCGUGUGGACAGAGGGUGGCAUGAGGCCAUUUCUUGAGACCCAGGCCUGGGUCCUCCUGCCUUGACCCCAGACAGACUCAGGCAGCCAGCCCUGCCCAGGCUGCUGUGUGGGUUGGCUCCCUCAAGGACCCUCACCCCAGUCACAACGUUCCAGCCCAGCCCCAGGCUGGAGGGUAUCAGAGCCAGCCUCCUGAGCAGAUGGGAGACAGGCCCUGAGCUGGGGUGGCCUGUAUCCUGAGGGGGCCUGGGCCAUGCAGGGGAGAGUGACCUCCUGUGUUCCUGGUGGCCACCCUUUCCUGGCAGUGAUGGCGGCCAGACACACACCCAAUCUCCCCUCUCUGUUGUUUUGCAUGAACGUGAGGAGCAGCAGUUUUUGUUUAUUCAUUUGGCCCAAAAUCGCGUGUAGGAUUUGGGGGUGUGGACUUUUAAAUAAUAUGUUUCCUUUUGGUUUAAUGGGGGAUAUAGGGACCAACCAGGACCAAGUGCCCAGGGGGCUGGGAAUGGUCUGGUGGUGCCGCCUGGUCUGCAUGCAUGUGUGCGGCUGGGGCUGGGCUGGGCGGCUGGCAGUCAUGGGUGGGGUUGGGGGGUGGUCUGUGCUCAGCUGAUAACUGCCAUGCACUGUACUGCACACGUCCCCAGAGCCUACCGGGACCGUACGCUUUUCAGGGCAUUUCUCCCUCCAGCCAGGGCCCGUCUCCCACCUGACUGGGCGAGUCUCCUCCAAGGAAGUCCCAGAAGGGCAGCGACCAGGGAGGGCGUGGACCCCACGUCCAGGGGCCCCCUCCCAGCCUGAGCCCUGCCCUCCAAGGUCUGGAGGAGGCCCCCUAUAGGGUCUGGCUGAGCUCCCACCUUCUCUUUCCCUGGUCCCAUUCCUUUCCUGUCCUACUCCCAGCUGGGGUUGCUGCCCUGAACGAACUGCGUGUGGGGCCGGCACAUCCUAGCAGGCAGCCCCUGGCGCCUGCUGCCUCAGGGAUGCUCCAACCACCCUCGUUCUCCCCGCAGCGGCCCUGGCUCCCUGCCUCCCCUCAGCCUGCCAUGGGGCCCGUCAGCCUGGCCCCACCCCGUGGAGAACCCAAAGUCUUACUGUAUAUAACUCCAGGUGACGUUUCUAUAUUUAUAGCAGUGUUGAAACCCCACGUGUUUUACACAGAGAACCACCCUCUCCAAACCCCUCCCUUUCCCACCCCAACAAAAGGUUUUCAGAAUCCUUAAAGUUCCUGGGGCAGGCGGAAACGGGCUCACGGAUUGUGUGUCGGCUGCAGCAACGAUUCCAACGAGCAGCUAUGGGGGGGGGCACAACAUUUAAAAAAAUCAUUAAAAAAAAGAUUUAUAAAACAAUUAUUUAGGAUGUUUGUGAUUUGCCGACCUUGCUAUAGAUGCCAUGUUACCAAUGAUUUCCUGUGGUGGGGGCUUGUCAUUGUUUACUCUUUUAUUUACCAACUUCUGGCCUAGGCAUGACAGUGGGCACCAUCCCCCAGCCCUGGCUGGGCCCAGCACCUAUGUUCUGUGUUAGAAAGGUUAUAUAUAUAUAUAUAUAUAAUUACAUAUAUAUAUAUAUAAAUAUAUGUAAUUUGGGGGGGCCCUGUUCCUUGCACAUUUUACAGUUACCUCAUUUUUCCCAUGUAUGUAUUUGAGAAAAUGCUAAUAUAUAGAGAAAAAAAAUGGUUCUUAAAGCUUAAAUGUGUGGUUUUUUCCAUUCCAUUGGAUUCACAUUGGUUUGUAGCAUUUAACAUAACUAGUAAUGUUGUAUUAUAUAUAUGUGUAUACUGAUUGAAAUUUUUAACAGAUUUGUACUUUUUUUAAAAUGAAAGUUGCUAGUUCUGCUUGACCAAGUAGUGCAAUCAUUAUUUUUUUUAAUAUUGUUGCUGAUUUCAGAGGGAUAUUCACUAAUAAAUGUAUGAUGUAUAUCCACCA